CUAUUCUUAAUAUUUAUUCUAAAUACUUGGACCCAGAAGCAGCUCAGAUUGAGGAGAAGAGUAUGAAAUGUUUGUAUGUAACUCUUUAUAUACUGGGGAGGAGGGUCUGAGUCAGGGUUUCAGUAGCCCAAGCUGGCCUCAAGCUUACUGUAUAGCUGAGAAGGAUCCUCCUACCUCCACUUCUCAGUGCUAGGUUACAGGAACAGGAUGGAAGAGGGCACAAGCAAAUUUAAGACCCACACUGCAACUUUGUACAAGAAAAAGAAAUGGUCUUCUGAGUCUGAGAAAAGAGCUCAGAAAUGGCCCUGUCAGCGCUCAGAGAGUGAGCAGCCUCGGGUGUCCAUGGGGAAGAAGAGGAGGGAGGUCCAGACACCAACCCAGGAGAACCUGGAGAGUGAGCAGCCUCCAGUGUCUAUGCUGGGGAAGAGGAGGAGGGAGGCCCAGAUACCAGCCCAGGAGAGCCUGGAGAGUGAGCAGCCUCCAGUGUCUGUGCUGGGGAAGAGGAGGAGGGAGGCCCAGACACCAGCCCAGGAGAGCCUGGAGAGUGAGCAGCCUCGGGUGUCCAUGGGGAAGAGGAGGAGGGAGGCCCAGACACCAGCCCAGGAGAGCCUGGAGAGUGAGCAGCCUCCAGUGUCUGUGCUGGGGAAGAGGAGGAGGGAGGCCCAGACACCAGCCCAGGAGAGCCUGGAGAGUGAGCAGCCUUGGCAAGCCAAGAGGAAGAAGAAAAAGAAGAAGAAGAAGAAAAAGGAGUCCCAGCAGCUUACUUCCUCCCUUCUGAAAAAUUCAGAAACCUUUCAUAAAGCUAAAAAAACCACUUCUGCCCACAAAAAGAAGAAG